CACGUACUCACAACAAUGUAUCCUUUCAAAAUAUUCUUCUUCACGACUCUUCUCAUGGCGGUGUUUUCAUUCUCUGACGCGGAUUUCAACAGCGACGUUGACGUAGCAUGGGGAAGCGACCAUGUGAAGAUACUCAACAACGGACAGCUUCUUACUCUCUCUUUAGACAAAUUAUCUGGUUCUGGUUUUCAGUCAAAACAAGAGUAUUUGUUUGGACAGAUAGAUAUGCAAAUCAAACUCGUUCCUGGUAACUCAGCAGGAAUAGUCACGAAUUUCUACCUGAAAUCGGAAGGAUCGACUUGGGAUGAGAUAGGUUUUGAGUUCUUGGGUAAUACGAGUGGAGAUCCUUAUACUCUACACACUAAUGUUUACACUCAAGGUAAAGGUGACAAAGAGCAACAGUUCUAUCUCUGGUUCGACCCAACGGCAAACUUCCACACUUACUCAAUCCUCUGGAACCCUCAAAGAAUCAUAUUGACAGUCGAUGAUACACCGAUUAGAGAGUUUAAAAACUCUGAGUCAAUCGGUGUUUUGUUUCCAAACAGCCAGCCGAUGAGGAUGUACGCGAAUUUAUGGAACGCUGACGAUUGGGCAACAAGAGGUGGUCGGGUUAAAACGGAUUGGUCCGGAGCUCCAUUCACGGCUUCUUUCAGGAACAUUAAUAUUGAUGGGUGUGUCCAUACUAACGGAAGAUCGUCUUGUAGCACUAACAAACCAAGCUCUAGUUGGUACACUCAACAAAUGGAUGCGACGAGCCAAGCUAGACUUGAAUGGGUUCAGAAGAAUUACAUGAUCUACACUUACUGUACUGACACUGAGAAGUUCCCACAGGGAGUACCUAGUGAAUGUGCAACAAGCGUAUAGAAUUAUUAUAUUUUA